AUGGCCGAUAUCUCAGUGCAAAAGGCCACCUUGAUUACGACUGCAUACGAAGGCAGCUUAUACGUAUUAUACCUACCCGUUUUCAUCGCCAGCUCUGUUUUCACCUGCCGGAAGGCACGCUAUUCGACCCUCCAUGCUCGGUUGCAGAUCGUCAUUUCAGUCCUAUUUGCUGGGACGACUGCCAACCUCAUCCUGGACAUUUAUACCGCGAACAUUUAUUACCUUUCCCCGGUUUUCAAUCAUGACACUCCUCAGUUGCUCCACGUAGAGAACGUUUACAAUCUCUUGUACUGCAUAAGGGAUGGGAUCUUCGGUCUCAAUCUGUUUAUCGCGGACGCGCUGCUGGUUUGGCGCUACUAUGUAUUCUGGAACGAUGCACUUGCAGUGAUUCUGUUCCCUCUUUUUCUCCUUACUGUCGAAGUUUCUCUUGGAAUCGCUGUUAUUAUAUUUCAGGUUCGGAUAUACGGAAUUCAGCGAGAUGUGGCGUGGUUGGCACCACGUCCACCCGCACUUUAUGUCGCAUUAGAUAAGGUCGCUGUCUUGAACAAGGCUUACUACGCCUCGACGUUCGCAGUUAAUAUACUCCUGAGCGUUGCCAUAGCCUGGAAGAUCUGGUCGAUGCUCCGUUCGGUCGUGACGGGUGGUCAUCGGAUACCCAAAUAUUCCCGCAUUUCCCACACCAUAGCGCUCAGCUUGGAAUCCGGAAUCAUAUAUUCCAUAAUCAUCUUGUUGGCCAUAAUGCCAAAUAAUGCACUUCUAAGGGACAUCGCUGGCGUAACCCUCAUGAUCUGCGUGGCUCUUGUUCCAAGCGUCGUCAUCCUCCUGGUCACCGUGGGUAAAAGCAGUGAAUUCACAACGCAUGGGACGGACGAAGUGAUCCCCCAGACCGCCAUUCGUUUUGGGACCGUACCGGGGAAUACGCAUCAGGAAGGUUCCGUAGCUACGAUCAGCGUCGUGCUCGGUGAUUUGGGGGCGCCCGACAACAGUGGGAGUAAAGUGGAUAUAGAGACAGGGAAGGCUCAAGGAGAGUUCGCACUGGCGGUAUCUGCUGCCUCGGGCUCCUCCGUGGCCGUUAUUAGAGAGUAG